AUGGCAUCGGCAAAGAGUGGCAACAGGUUCGCCGCCUUGGGCUCGGAAGAUGAGUGCGAGGAGCCUGACAGCAAGACCGAUGCCAAGACUGACGUCCUGGCAAAACGUCCGCCGAAGCGGAGAGCGAAGCGGAAGCGCAGCAAGGUGGAGUCGGGCGAAGGUGCUGGAGUAGACCCUGCGCAUUCUGACACAAGAUUGCCAAAGCGCAAGAGGAAGAAAGAGAAGCGACUCGGCACGGGAGACGUCGCAGCGGCUGCAAGCCACGGACAUGGCGAUGGCCAUGGACCGGCUUGUGAAGCGAAGGAGCCUGCGAAGGAGCCCCAAGUCGAAGGCUUGCUGCCCACCGGGACCACCAAGACGCUGCAGGGUGGGGUCACCAUCAAGGUGCUUCGAGCGGCUCCCAAGGGAGCACCACUCGCAACAAAGGGCUGCGAAGUGAAGCUCAUGUACGAGGGACGGCUGCCGGACAAGAACGGCCGACGGUUUGACGUCGGAGAGAUUGACUUCCUUCUUGGAGAUGGCACAAUGCUGCCUGGGUUUGCCAUUGGUGUGGCCGGAAUGGGUGUCGGAGAGCGCCGACUCAUUCGCGUGCCCUGGCGGCUUGGGUAUGGGAAGAAGGGGAAGAGGCCAAAGAUCCCUCCCAAGUCCGAUCUGGAUUUCGACGCAUCGCUGACCUUCUGCGGCAUUGACUGGAAGCGGCGUGUCAGCUCCGGAGAUGUCGAACAAACGACGCGAGGCUGCGAAGAGGCGCGGCAAGAAGCCGAGGUCAGACCCGGAUAUCAUCUAGACAAGAAGACGCUCACACAUCCGGAUUACGGAUUGUCGGAGGCUGGCACGGUUGGAGGCUCGUCUCCCGCAAACAGUGCGUGGAGGGAUGACAGGAAAAAUGCAACUUUGUUGCCGCCUCGCAAGCUACCAGCAGAUUCGCGAUAUGCGGAACUCAUCAACUCGCGCCAGAAAACGCUUGGAAGUCUGGACUUGGCUGCACAGGCUUGUUGCCGAGCUUCAGAGGCUUGGAAGGCCAUGGGCUGCCUCCUUCUCACCUUUAUGCCACCAGAGGUCCUACAGUCGCUGCUUUUUGCUCGUGGCAAGUCCUUUCGCAUGGGCGAAGCGCAAAUGCGUCGAGCAGGGCGACUCGUUAGUAAAGGCGCACGCCUCUUGCUUCCGAGGGGCCUGGCGAGCGCGUUGCGGCUUCCUGACCUCUACGUUUUCACCGUCCCGGAACGCGCUGCACGGUUGAUGAGUGUCGUCACUGGCGAGGGGCAACGUGGCCUGGACGUGUGGUGUGGCGACCUCUCCCCGGCUCUGCGUGGGUUCGUCGCUUUGGGCGUGCCCAUUGGUCAUCCCGGCUUCGUCAAAGCCCACGCUGCUGAAGAAGUUGAAGCGCUUGCCGGAUUUUCAAAGCGCUUGGCUUUGGUCGCUUUCCGCGCA